AUGUCUACAAACAAGCUCAAAACCAUCGGGAUCACCGGUGGAAUUUGUUCUGGAAAAUCCACCAUGAUGAAUUAUCUCCGAGAAUUAAUAACAGAGCAUGAAACAUUGCAAACCAAACAGCAAUCAUCAUCUUCCGAAGCGAAUACUCAUUCAAAUGUACCGCUCAUUCAUUUUCAUAUCAUUCCGACAGAUGAACUCGGAUGGAAAGCCUAUGAGGUCGAUACGCCAUGUUAUCAUCAAGUGAUUGAAGCAUUCGGAUCAUUAGUGAAAGAAAAAUUAGGGGAAGAUCCAUCAUUACUUGUGGAUGCACAAACUCGUCAAAUUAAUAGGAGAGUAUUGGGAAGAAUUGUUUUUAAAGAUCAACAAUUAAUGAAAAAAUUGACAGAUAUUGUUUGGCCAGAAAUUAGACGUCUCAUUGAAAUUGAGAUGAAAAAAGCUGAAGACAUGGCCACAGAAAAUUACAAAGUUGUGUGUCUAAUAGAAGCUGCAGUUUUGGUUGAGGCGGAUUGGCAACAUGGUAUUGACCAGGUAUGGGUCAUUGACGUGUCCAACGUUAACGAUAGACUUGAAAGAUUAUGUAAACGUAACAAUCUUACACUUGAAGAAGCUCAAGAUCGUGUUAAUGCGCAGCUUUCGACUUCAGAAAUUCUUCAAAAAUUGAAGGAACACAAUGAAAAAACAAACGAGCAAGUGGAGUCUGUGUAUGUUGACACAUUUGGCAAAUCCUUGGAACAAGUGAAAGAAAUUGCCAGAGAUUUAUUCCAAACAAAGGUUAUUGGAGAUUGGAAAUAA